ACCCGCCUCCCCUCGGGCUGUGCCAUCUCCUCUCACGUUAUCUAGAUAAACAUAUCAGCAUUACAAUGGUUAUUGUUCGGAGCAUGCUUCUAAGAUCAAUGAGAGCUCACUAUUCUCUAGGAAGACGCUUCGUCAGUAACGAUGGUUAUGAUCAUGCAAUCACGGAGCUUAAUAAGGAAAUGGAGUCGAUAUUUGGCGAAGCCCCUUCAAGCGGUGCUUUUACCCUAAGUGCUUCUAAGGAACCCCAGCUAGGUUCUCCUUCUGUCAAAAGCCAACCUAAACUAACUCAUGUUGACAGUAGUGGGCAGGCCACAAUGGUAGAUAUAUCCUCAAAAGAAGACACAAAAAGAGUCGCCAUAGCUAAUUGCAGAGUACUCCUCGGCCCAAAAGUGUUCAAUCUCGUUUCCUCCAACCAGAUAGCAAAAGGAGACGUUCUAAAUGUGGCGAAAAUUGCCGGAAUCAACGGUGCUAAGCAGACGAGCAGUCUCAUCCCUUUGUGCCAUAAUAUUUCGCUGACACACAUCCGUGUUGAUCUUACUCUUAAUAAGGAGGAAUUUAGCGUGGAGAUAGAAGGAGAGGCUACGACUACCGGUAAAACGGGUGUGGAGAUGGAAGCACUGACGGCUGUGGCUGUUGCAGGACUUACUGUAUACGACAUGUGCAAGGCUGCUUCAAAGGAUAUUUGCAUUACGGAGGUCCAGCUCAAGCACAAAAGUGGGGGAAAGAGUGGGGAAUGGUCACGUAAACAGUGAUUUUUUUGGUUAUGGUGUCAAUUUUGAAAAUAUUUGUGACGAGAAGGAAAUACUGACUGCCGUCCAUUUAGAGGCAACUGGCUUGGAUUCCGAAUCAUUUGGUUUCAAACCGGAGUUGAUGAUGCCCUUUAGUUGGUAACCAGUGAUCGAUGUAUUUGAAUUCUUUCCACCUCAUUGUAUCUGAUGAGAGAGAACUCCUAGGGCCCUUUUGGCAACCAUAAUUAGAUUGGAUACAGAUAAAACGGGGAGAGGGAUGGUUUAGCGAUUCAGACGUGUUGAGGAUCAUAAUAGGUUGGCAGUGUGCAUGGCAAGAUAAAACAGGACUUUUGAAUUCAAACCCCUUCAAGAAUCCCACUAUUCUGGGAUUAUUUGACCCAACCAGAUUCCAUAAUCAAAUGUUUUGCGAUCCUCCAUGCCACCGAGUUGCUAAGCCCUCCUUCCGGAAACUCUCAUCUUGCCCGAUUCAAUCUAAUUUUAGGUACCAACUUGUUAGGGUAAAAUGUAUGAAAUCCUCUCAUAAAUAUUGUGCUCAUCAUUUUCUUUUUUUCUCACCCCCCAUAUGCUUAAAACCAAUGUUAGUUCACUUGUAGGUGGAUAUUAUAAAAGGUAUGUUUUAAUUUUUUCAGAAGUGCAAUGUGAAAAUCAGAAUAUUUGCAAAGGAGGUGUACUGCUUGUUACCAUCAUAUCAUUAUGGAUGCUGUGACGAAAUAAAUCUGUAAUGAGUAUGUACAUUUUGUUUCCUGGGAGAGCAGUAUCAGAUUUAGAAACA